AUGCACUCCUCUACCCUCCUACUCGGCCUGGCCAUCCUCACCGGCUCUGUCACCUUUGCAGCCGACCAAGUCGUGUCCAUGUACAUACCGGGCAAUGACGACGGUCAGCCGCUCGCUGGAAAGAUCGUCGGGUCGGAUUCAAACAGAACCAGUUAUUCUGUCACCUGCGCUGACUCCGUCACAACAACCUGCAAUGUCGACAGCGGCGUGACAAUCAUCCAGGCCCCCAGCACUGUGACAGUCCUCGUCACUGAAACAGGACACACCGGCAGCGUUCUCUGCACACACAACGCCAAAACGGGAACGUGCUCGCUCGGUAUGGACGGCGAGUUCUUUGCCACGAGCACCGAACCUGUUCUUUCGUAUGAAGUCACCAUCACCGAAACAGAGACCGGUUCGCCGUCGACUUCGAAAUCUCCGGUUAGUUCUGCCUUGGCUACACCCACGACCCUGGGCAGUUGCGACGCCACCGAGGAUGCAGACGCGACCUCAGGGACAGAUGCACAGGAGACGGAUGGGCCUGAUAACGGGGCUAUAUCUGGGCAACCAUUCGGUGCUGCUGCGGUUGCCAUGGUUAUUGGGGUUUCUGCUGCUAUGUUCUGCCUCUAA